AUGGCUACUGCACAAGGUGUCAACGUCCUUCGCUACUCGGCUCUCGUUGCCGGUCUUUUCUACGGUGUCUACCGCCAAUCCUCGAUCACCGCCAGCGCGCAGCGUGCAGAUGCCGAGCGUGAAUAUGCCCGCCAGGAGCGCCUGAUCCAGCAGGCUAAGGCCGAAUGGAAGAAGAAGACCGCACCCAAGGACACACAAAACAGCGGAAUCAUCACGGAUCCCGAGGACAGCCGGUUCGACCUUGAGGCUUACCUGAAGUUCAAGGCUGGAGAGAACUAG